UGGAACGACUCGAGAGAUGAUGCUGCUAUGCGAAAUGCCGUGUAAAACAACAUGCCUGUGCACUAGAACAGGAAUCUGAAGGAACCUAAAGCUUCUGAAUCCCUGAAAAUAAUUCAAGCGGCGAGGAGUGAAUCAGAGGACAGCCGAAGUUGCCGAGCCAAGUGGAGUCUAGUGUCGACGUUAGCGGCGCGGUGUGAUCAUUCCCCCCCACCGCCACCACUCGGAUGACAGGGCUGCUGACAGUGUGCGCAACUGAGGGAUGUUUCGUGUCGUAGCUCGCCAAGAUCUGAAUAUUUCUACCUGUAAGACGGCUUAACAUACGACCCAGCUGGAUGUUGUAGACUCAAGACGGGGUUCAGUCUGAAACAGCCUCCCAUCCGAAGUGCGGAGGGCUGUUGAGAGUUGUUUUCCUCGCUCGCACGUUGAUCAUUUUCGGGGCAUCCCUGGAUAGUCAGGCAGGCAGCCGAAACCCCCCUCGCGGUGCCACAGUCAGAAUACAGGAAGAUACAUACAUCGACAACGCCGUGUUUAACUGGCUACAUCGGGGCUGGCAUGACAGACAAACCUUGAAAAGGGGCCAGAGAUUCCAGCAUCGGCAGCCACAAGGUUGCUUGCAUCGGCUUGCAGAGUAGUAGACCCAGCGUGAACGGAUAGAUUGCCAGGAACUUACUCGCGGGCCCUGCAUAAGAGGAUGCGAUGACCCACACCAGGCAGAAGGGUUCUCUGAGCCGGGAGCACAUGGCAAGGCGGGGCCACAGCACAAGGCUAGGUCAAACUGGACGGCAGGAUCUGAUUGGGCGAAGGCAGAACUCUGCUAAUGCCAUUGGUCGGUCCUUGCCACGGCACUUCCUGAAUGAGCUCAGAGCCACGAAGGAGGGCGUGGCCCAGUGGAACAAGGACCAAUCAGAGAAGCCGAAAGAGGAGCAGGAAGUGCUGGACAGGAAGCAGUAUCCUCUGAGGAGGAGAGGAGGCCCCCUAGUGGGUAGCCAGCUGGCGCAGAAGGAUAACAGGGCCCAGGUGCGACGCCUAGCGGCCCAGCACAGACCUAAAGCAAAGGGGUCCAAUGUACCUGUGGUAAGGACCUCUAAAGCACAGGUGCGUAAUGUACCUGUGGUGCGCUGCUCUAAAACACAAGUGGGUAGACUACCAGUGGAAAGGACCUCCAAAGCCCAUGUGCGUCGACUACCUGUGGCGAGCUCCUCCAAAGCCCAGGUAGCUGGUCUACCUGUUGGAAGCUCUUCCAGAGGCCAGGUGCAAAGUUUACAUGUGGCGGGACCUUCCAAAAGGGAGGUGCGUAGACUGCUUGUGAGAAAUAACUCCAGAGGUCAGGUGCGUAGUUUACCUGUGCGAAACUCCUCAAGAGUCAAAGUUCUUGGUGCACCUGUGCAACGCCAAUCCAAAGCACAGGUGAGUUGUCUCCGCGUGCAACAAAAUUGUUCCAAAGCCCAGGUGCGAAGCUGCUUGAGGGAGCAGGUGGAUAGUACUCCUCUCCAAAGAUCCUCCAAAUCCCAGGUGGGUGGUCUACCUGCUCGAUGCUCGUCCAGACGCAAGAUGGAUAAUGGACCUCUGCAAAAGCCCUCCAAAGCAGAGAUUGAUAGUUCUCCUAUGACUCAAUCCCUCAAAGCUGAGGUGAAAAGCCUACCUGUGCGAUGCUCAUCCAGAAGACAGGUGCUUGGUCUACCUGUACGAGGCUCCUCUAGAGGCAAAGUGGAUAGCCUACCUAUGCGGGACCACACCAAAGCAGAGCUUGAUAUACCUUUGGGAGUCUCCUCCGCUGCGAAGGUGGAUAGUGCACCUGUUAGAUGCUCGCCCAGAGGACAGGUGCAUAGUGCUACACCUGUUGGGUCCUCGUCUGCAGCCCAAGCCAGUGGGAGGGGCAUGGGGGGACAGAGCCAGCAGGUGACCAGGGGCAGGUCUUCAUCCAAGAACUUUGAUAAAACAAACACUGCUCUCACAAACUCAGUUGUCACCUCGAACACAAAAGACAGCCAGCCAUGUACAGGCCCAGUUCAAUCAAAUGCAAUUAGGUCAGACAGCCCCGACAGCCAGGCCACUUCAGACAGCACAAGUGGAGCAGACACAGGCAGGUGCACAGGGCUGCAGAGCCAGCUGUUACACACGGGUAGGUCAUCAGCCAAGACCUCUCAAAACGCGGACCCUGCAGUUACAAAGCCAGCUGCCAACUCAGAUAGGAGGAAUUCAGCCCACAGCAAGUCGUGUACGGGCCCUGCAGCAACAGCCAGAUGCCCUAAAGAGCAGAGUGAGCUGGUACAGAGGGGGAGGUCCUCAACAAACACAAGACCUACAACCACAAACCUUGUGGACCAGGGAAGUGCUGGAGGCGGGAAGCCAUCGAGGACUGAAACUGCAGUGAAUUCGGACAGGAGGAUUUCUAGCAGGUAUUCUUCCAAAAACUUUGACAACACAAACACUGCUGUCACCCACCCAGCUGUCACCUUCAACACAAGAGGCAUCCAGCCAUGUACGGACCCUCCACUCUACUCGGACAGCAGGUACUCCGGGGAGCGGAGUCAGGCGUUGCGUAGGGGCAGGUCGUCAGUCAAGACCUCCCAUGCCACUGAUGCUACAAAGCAAGCUGAUAACUCGGACAACUGUCCAAGCACAGCAAUCAGCAAGCCGCGUACUGACCCCGCAGUAACAGGCAGGUGCACUAGGGAGCAGAGUGAGCCGAUACACAGAGGAAGGUCCUCAGCCAACACAGACCCUACAGCCACAAACCCAUCGGACACCUCAGACCGGGUAGACACAGGAGACGGCAAGCCAUCUAGGACAGAAACGGCAGUCAGUUCGGACAGCAGGACCAACGCAGGUAGCAUAGAUGCGGUAGACAUAGGAAAGGACACUGGGGAGCGAAGUCAGACAUUACGCAGGGGUAGGUCUGCUGCUAAGAACUCUGAUAGCAUGGACAGUGCCUUCAUAAAGGCAGGUGUCAACUCAGAUGGGAAGAAUUUAGCACACAGCAAGCCAUGUACGGACUCAGCAGUCAAGUCGGACAGCUUUACCACCCCGAGCAGCAGGGAAAGAGUCUGCGGCAAGACAUCCGUGGUCACAUCGCCAGCAAAGAAAACUGUGAAUUCUUGUCCCGCUAACACACACGAAGCACAGCACCAAAGACGGGAGUCUUUAAGAUGGAGGAACGCGUCACCAAACGGGGGCAAAUCAGACGGUGUGAACACUGCGGAUAUGUCAGACAGCAAGCCUUGCAGCGUCAGGACCAUCGCAGCAAACACAGUUAGAGGGAAGGAACAGGUGGCAUCUUCAUGUUCAGGUAGAGAGGGGCUCCAGGUAGCAUCUGUAGUCACACGCCAUGCAAAGCAACAGUUAAAGUCUUUUUCACCCCAAGACUCGUCCUCAUUUCCGUGCCAGCUGAAGGAGAAGGUGACUUCUUCAUGCACACCCAGAACGAAGCACCGAUGCCAGGAGUCAUCACCCUCACCGCCACCAUCCUCAACUCUCUCUGUGCCUCUGCAGGCCCGUAAGCCGACACUACAAGCAAAACCCAAGGCGACACCUCGUUCCUCCACCGGCCCUGUUGUGCAGCAUCCAAAGCAAGCUUCGCCUCGAUCCAAAUCCGCAUCUCCAUGUCCAUCUCCAGGUCAGCUGCCCCAUAAACGCGAGUCUCGUUCAUCCAUCACUCUGAGUACGCAGCACCAAAAGCAAGGGUCAUCCCUGUCUGCAUCCCCAUGCACAUCUCCAACCCAGCUGCCUCUUUUGCCCCGUAAGGGUCGACUGCAGCAAAGCCGAAAGUCGUUCCCAUCUGCAUCCCCUGAUACGCAGCACCAAAAGCAAGCGUCAUCUCCACCCCCGCUCCCUCUACCGGCCUGUAAGUAUCACUCUGGUACCAUCACAGCGGAGCACCAGAACCAAAACCAGGAGUGUUCUCCAUCUCCAUCUCCACCCCCUUCUGCAUCUGAGUCCUCAGCUCAGCUGCUGCUGCCCCCUCUGCUGCCCCGUAAAUGCCGUCUGGCCUCCCCCAAUGCGGAGCUCCAGGUGACGACUCAUCCCAUCGCCCCUGGGGUACAGUGCCAAAGCCAAGAUCACAAGCAUCGACUGCUGCUGAGGCAGAAGUCCUCCCCAUCCCCAACCCCUGAUCCUCAACAUCAAAAGCUAGAGGCAUCUCCACCCUCUCACCCUCCCUCACCCCAGCAUCCCUCUGUUAGCGUCAGAGUGGAGCACCAAAAGCACAAGCCCUCUUCAUCUCCAUCUCCAUCUCGAUCCCCGUCCCCACCCCCUCUGCUUCUGCCGCCCCGUAAACGUCGCCUGGCCUCCCUGAACGCGGAGGCUGUGAACAGCCUGCUACUGGAACUGCACCCUCCGGCUGCUAAAGUGGCCAAGAAGCAACUCCAGGACGGACCACAAGGGGGCCCUGCCACACCUGCUGCCACCACUAGUAGCUCCCCAACUACAGACUGCCCAGUUGAGCCGGUCUCCACUGGGAAACCACAACCGUGCCAAAGCCACAAACAACAGCAGCAACAUAAAGAACAGCACAAACUGCAACAGCCACAGCAGAAAAAUCAACCCCACCAACAGCAACAAAACCAAACUCAAAAACAAGAGCAAGAGACUCUGCAGCAGCAGCAGCCUCUAAAAAGGAAGCCCAAGCCGACAGAGAAGCAGGACUUUAUCGACUGGAACAUGUUUGCACCGACGCCGCGCCGAAUGGCCGGGCUCAACGCAGCCGCCUUGCUCAGGCUCACCAGCUCAUCUGCAGCCAGCAGCAAGCAGCACGCCAAACCAGAGCCCAAGAGUCCUCCUAGUGCUGUGGACAAGGCAUUGGCUAAGACCAGGAUGCACACAGCUGUGGCCAAGAGACCUCAUCAUCAUCAUCAGCAGCAGCAGCAGCAGCGAGAGCAGCAGCAGCAGCAGCGAAAGCGGAAGUCUUCUGCCCAGAGAUCCUCCUCUUCCUCUUCCUCUUCGUCUGCCAUGGCGGGUCCCGGCAGCACGGACUACAGGAAGGGCGGGUUCGAGUUGAGCCCGCGCUGGGAGGAGGAGGCUGUGGAGGGCCCCCAUGUGGCCAAGGCAGGAUACCAGCAGGCUGGCAUGGUGAUGGAGGUGGCACAGUACCCACUCAACCAGGUGAAGGAAGAGCAGGUGGAGGAGCCAAUAAGCCACACCCACUGCUGUUGUGGCCCCUCCCCUCAGGGAGCCCCCCUGGACUUCUGCUGCCACCAGCUGGGAAUUUACAUCAGGCAGCAGCACGGCUACCCUGAACCCCAGGAAGGACCCUUCACUGCCGUCAGGCAACAGCACGGCUACCCCGGGGAGCCUCAGGAAGGACCCUUCACUCCAGUGAAGCACGAAUGCCUUGUGACAUCACUUCCGCCACACCCGUCUUCGUUAGCACACUCGUCGCUAGCUAUUAGCAGCCCCCACCCCUGCCUGUGUGCCGACCACUGCUUCCCCAGUUACUACGUGCACAUGCCCCACUCCCACCCCCACCCGCAUCACUCUUUCUGUCCCCCGCUCAGAGCCCCCUGCUACAACGCGAUCACGUCGUACGCCUACGGAGCACUACCGCACGUCAACAGCAGGGGCUGCUGCUUCACCAGUGGCUGCUGCAGGUGCCGACAGCAGGUCAAGACAGAGGGCUACCUAUCCCCACCGCGGCAUCGAGACUCCCGCAGCCCCCCCUCUCUGCCCCUUUCAGGCUGCCCAUUGCCCCGGGUUACCACCCCGCCUCCGGCCCCUGUGCCGCCCCACCCUUCCUCUCCUGACACCCGACAUCAUCACCACCAGCGGCAGGUGGGAGAUCUAAGCAUGGGGGGCGGUGGCCGUGUGGAGUGUCCCCAGGGGAGGAAGCCCUCUAAUGGGGCACUGCCUGGCCGACGGCCCCCUCCCUCCUCGAAGCAGCCGGAGGUCACAGUGCCCCCCAGUGGACGGCAGAAGAAGCUCGCUCGCAGGCGCACCACCAAUGGGUGGAGAGCAUUCGGAAAACCUGUGGAGAGAGAGGUGUUCGUAGUGGGAGAGGACGAGCCGGUGCUGCGUGUGUGUUUCGAGGGUGUUCGUCGUGACGGGGACCUGAUCGGGGUGAGGGACACAGUGCUGCUGAGGUCCGGACCACGCAAGAAAUCAGACCCAUACGUAGCCAAGAUAUCAGCCAUCUGGGAGGAACCCAAGACAGGGGAGCUGAUGAUGAGUCUCUUCUGGUACUACCGUCCGGAACACACACAGGGGGGCCGAGACCCCAACACACACUGCCAGAACGAGAUCUUUGCAUCUAAGCAUCAGGAUGUCAACAGCGUGGCCUGCAUCGAAGACAAGUGCUAUGUACUGCCACUGACCCAGUACUGCAGAUAUUGUGCCUUGAUGAAGCGUCGAUCGGAGGGUGUGUGUGUGGGUCCCCCCUUGGUGCCUUCCCCUUGCGACCCCCCCUCGCCCACCCCCCCUCAUCGCUGCGUGCCUCAAGACGUCGACCCCGAGCUGGUCUACCUCUGCAGACACGUCUACGACUUCAGAUACGGACGACUGCUCAAGAACCCACAGUAGCAGUGGACACAUACA